UCUAUGUAUACAAUUUCACACACGAAUAUCAACAACAUGUCAACAGAAUUUAUAUGUUUUACAAAAUUUAUUGUUAACAUAUUUCCUUCCAUAUACAUAUUUUCCAAAUUCGCUGAAAAAAAUGAGUUCACGUAAUACGACUGAGGUGCAAACCUUUAGUCCUAAAGUGGAAUAUGUGCUCUUGUUGGAUAAGCUACGGGAGGAUUUUAAUAAAAGAUUUUCCCAAAAUGUACCCUCACCGACCACUGGCCUGGAAAAAUACAUCAUUAAAGCCACCCUGGGUGCUGGAUCUUUUGGGAAAGUGCAAUUGGUUAAGGAUAAAGAUUCCAAUAACUAUUACGCCUCAAAGCAGCUAAGCAAGGAUCAGAUUGUGAAAACCAAGCAGAUAGGACAUGUGAUGAGCGAGAAAAUGGUGCUGAAAUCUAUACAAUUUCCAACAGUUGUGCAUUUGGUAGCCUCCUACAAGGACACUGAUUCCCUAUAUCUAAUACUGCCACUUAUCUCAGGCGGUGAACUAUUCACCUAUCAUCGCAAAGUGCGCAAGUUUAGCGAGAAACAGGCCCGAUUCUAUGCCGGACAGGUCUUUCUGGCACUCGAAUACUUGCAUCAUUGCAGUCUGCUCUAUCGCGAUCUGAAGCCAGAGAACAUUAUGCUGGACAGGAAUGGCUACAUAAAGGUCACGGAUUUUGGUUUUGCCAAGCGGGUCGAGACUCGCACGAUGACGCUGUGCGGCACACCCGAAUAUUUGCCACCAGAGAUCAUAAAAUCGAAGCCAUAUGGCACCAGCGUGGAUUGGUGGGCCUUCGGUAUACUCAUCUUUGAGUUUGUGGCCGGACACUCACCAUUCUCGGGCAGCAAUCGUGAUGUGAUGGCCAUGUAUUCGAAAAUCUGUGAUGGUGACUAUAAGAUGCCAAGUUCCUUUAGCCAUGCAUUGCGCCAUCUGGUCGACAAUUUGUUGCAAGUCGAUCUCUCUAAGCGCUAUGGUAAUCUGAUUAAUGGCAAUAAGGAUAUCAAGGAUCAUGAGUGGUUCAAAGAACUCGACUGGAUACCGCUGCUCAAUCAACAGCUGCGUGCUCCUUAUGUGCCCAACAUCAGCAGUCCCGAGGAUAUUUCCAAUUUCGACAAAUUGCCCGAAAGCAAGCCCCGAGAAAAGGCCAAGGUGAUGCGCCAUGAAGAGGCUUUCGCUGAUUUCUAAUCGGCGCCAACUGUAAAAAGUAUUUUGUACUCUUUUUCGGAUUGCAUAUAUUUUGGUGUUUUAUGUCUACUGUACAGAGAGUGUUUGAUGAA